AUGGCGCCUCAGAAGCCUCGAUGCACCUUCAAGGAAUGCAAGUCCGCCGCCCAACGAAUCGUCGGCGACUGCGGUUUUUGCGACGGCCACUUCUGCGCAAAGCACCGAUUGCUAGAGGACCACAAGUGCAGCGGAUUGGAAGACGUAAGCAUGAAUCCAACUUCUCCCUCUAGCGAUACCGAUGAUACCGCCGAAUGGUGGCUCUGCAAGAAGGAAUCGCACGAGCGUAACGCGGCCCAGCUCGAGUCGGAAAGAACGCAAGUCAUCCGGGGUGUAUAA